AUGACUUAUAUGACACUAGAACAACCUAGAACGAUAGACUUUGGACUCAAAGGCUCUUACAGGGGGAUUUCGAGUGGAGUGGAUGUGAAUGAUGGUAGAAAUAUCAAUGUUAAAGAUAUGAAUAUGAAGGGGGUUGAUAUGAAUUCGAUAAUAUUAAUGUUAGAGUCCGUGAGAAGAAUGUGGGUAUGGAAACAAAUGUUGAAAAUGUCAAUCUUGAUGGAGUAG